CCGCCGGCGGGGCGGGACGGGGCGGGGCGGUGCGGUGUGAAACCGCGACUCGCUCAUCUCUGCCCCAUACCACUCUGUUCCUUUUUUCUAAAAUCCUACUCCAACUUCAAUUUAACUUCAUUUCGAGUCGAAUUUUACAAAACUGAACUUCUGCCAAAACACUCUUAAAUACACAUAAGUUUUUCAACAUAAUUAAAUCUACGAUUGAUAUAAAUUAGUAGCAUAUUAAUUUAUUGCUUUAUAAACUUUCUCAUAAAAUUUAAAGAUAGGCACCUCCAUUCUAUCCUGUUCCUAUUCCAUUUUCACUCUGAUGAGAAAAAGCACCAACUUUUGAGUUGAAAUUGCCCAUCUCUGAUAUCAACCAUUUCAAAAUACUUACUCUUCAGAUGCUCCUGAACAUAUCCAUAACAUUCGAGCUUACAGAAGACUUCUCAGAACAAGUACUACAUAAGGAUUAUAACAUGAUCCUCAUAGAAGAUACUCAUUAUUUUUAGAUUUUCAGAUUUUGACAGAGUAUCUUAUUUAGUCACCAAGAUUCUCUUCGAGAACCCUUAUACAAUGGUUUGAAGAUGGUGUUCAUCAAAAGUUAAAAAUAGCAUUUUAGAACACUUUCUUUUCAAAGCCCAUAAAAUCCAUAGAUCCCAAUGUUUGUCGCUGAAGAGCUCCGUUCGGAUUGACAUCCAUCUUUUCAGCAUUUGCAAAGGUAGAAGCCCUCUCAGAUUACAUAGAUUCGCAUGGAAUCCUCUCAACUUUGUUCAGUUUCGCCUGUAUCCAAGCCUUCUCAGGAUCUUACCCAGAGUACAUCACGGUUGUUCUUCGAGCAGCUUCACAUAACUUACCAAAAGCCUUAUGAAAUUUCACCGGCAUUCUCUAUGCAAAUACUUAGGAGAUUCUUCGGCAGAUCUACAUUUAUCAUACAGAAAAUCAUGUAUCCUUAAGGUUUCCUAAAAAACAUAGGGAUUAGGUUUGAUAUUUUGUUGUUCAACGAUUCGAUAUUCUUCUCACAAGAUGCAGAUAGAAUCUUCUCUGAUGUUCAUAUAAAUGAUCAUUCUUUCAAAAAGAUUUUGAAUUCUUGCAAUUUUAAGAAAAAUCCUCAGAUCUCUAUGUUUUUCUAUCAAAAACUUACAUGGAAUUAGUAUUACUCUUUCUUGGAGAAUCUCCUUACAACAAUCUCCAGGUGUUAUUUUUAGAAUCAAAAAGAUCUUGGCAAAAACUAACAGUGACAUAGAUAUAAGAAUCGUUACCAAAUCCAUUUUUUCUCAUAAGAAACUGGGAAAAAUCUUCUGAAUUUUUAUCUGCGGAACGAGCAUUUUCAAAGACGAAUGUCAUAUUUGUAGCGCUUACUCCCACGAGGAAUGGGAUCUCUUCAACAACGACGAUUUCUUUUUUUUUUCGUUCAUUGUAGUAAUCCCAAAUAUUCCAGUCGAUGCCCGAUGGAAACACAAUGGAGUGACCGUUGCUGGAGGCCAUGGAGGGGGUAGUAACACCAAUCAACUGUACUACCCUCAAGGUCUCUUCGUUGAUGAUGAUCAAACGAUAGUCAUUGCUGACUACGGCAAUCAUCGUAUCAUCCAAUGGAAGAUGGGUGAUACGAAGGGACAAGUAGUAGCUGGUGGCAAUGGCCAAGGAAAUCGAUUGGAUCAAUUGUAUUAUCCAACCGAUGUGUUGAUUCACAAAGAGACGGAUAGUCUCAUUAUUUGUGAUUGGAAGAAUCGACGAGUCGUACGAUGGUUUCGUCGUAGAGGCACAACUCAAGGAGAAAUCCUCAUCAAUAACAUCGAUUGUUUUGGAUUGGCCAUGGAUGAUCAGAGAUAUCUAUACAUCUCUGACUACAAGAAACAUGAAGUAAGACGAUAUCAAAUAGGAGACAAGAAUGGAACUAUUGUGGCUGGUGGCAAUGGCAAAGGUGCUGGUCUCAAUCAACUCAACUUUCCAACCUACAUCUUUGUCGAUCAACAACAGACUGUCUACGUGUCAGACAACGAGAAUCAUCGUGUAAUGAAAUGGAAUAAAGGUGCAAAAGAAGGAAUUGUCGUCGCUGGAGGUCAAGGCGACGGGAAUGCUCUGACACAGUUGUAUCAUCCUAAUGGGCUGUUCGUCGAUACAUUAGGUACCAUCUACGUGGCAGACGCGGUGAAUAGUCGAGUAAUGCGUUGGCCUAAAGGAGCGAAACAGGGCACUGUCAUUGUGGGUGGAAAUGGUGAAGGAAAAGGAAAAAAUCAGUUCAACAGUCCCAUUGGUUUGUCCUUCGAUCGACAUGGCAAUCUCUAUAUCGUCGAUUUCGGGAAUGAUCGUGUUCAACGCUUUUCAAUUGAAUAGCCUCAUCGUGAUAGAUUUUUUUUGCGUUCCUUUCCUUUCAAAUAAAUCACGUUGAAUUGAUGAAAUGAAUGGCUUAUUCUAUUCGCGCGCGCGACCAGGAACCAUCUUGGUGGAGCCAUGGCGAGCGUAACGCUCAUGCACGCGCAGGACAGACCCAUAUCAUUCAUACCCUCCCCGCGAGAGAUAUGUCAAUGAGUCUGAAUAAGCCUGGUCGUGUGCCACGGACACCAAGACGGUCCCUGGCCGGGCUUUUAGGGACUACCCGGAAGUCCUUCAUAAAAGGCGAAACUCUAACCCUCAACUGGCAGAACUCACCCUCGCCUCUCACUAACACUCACUUUUCUGAGUCUCAUCCUCACCCUUCUCAAUCUCAAUGUCACUAUCUAACCUCAUCCCUCUCUCUCACCCCUAUUCUCUUUCUCAAAAGAAAAAAAGAAAUAAUUACUCACGUGUUCGAAUAUUGGACGAUGAUAAAGAAGACGCGAUCAUGUUGAAGACUGAAAAGAAAAAGAAAAAGAAAAAAAAAUUUAAUUAAUGUUAUAUUAUGAGAAAAUAUUAGUUAACUUACUCCCUGUUAUCUUUCCCUAGUUGAUAAUAAUCAGAGAACCUAAAACAAAAGGCAACAAAAUAAAAGAUGAAAAAAAAUUACUUACCAUCUUUAAUUUCUUCAUAUUGAUCUAAAAGAAGAAAAAUUAAAAAAAAAAAUUUUUACUUACUUUCAAUAUUUAAUGGCUAAAAUAGAAAAAAACAAAGCUUAAAAUAGAUCGGAAGAGGACUUACUACCCUCCAUGUGAUCCAAAAGAAAAAAAAAAGAAAAAGAAAAAAACUAAAACUGAUACCUACAUUUUAUUUUAUGGCUUUGUUCGACGUUGAAUUGUUCCAUAUUGUAGUGUUGAUAUUGACCUAAAACAUAAAAGAAAAGAAUUAGUGUUUAUGAUUCAACAAAUUGAAUGAUUUCACAUAGAGAAUCAUUCAUAUUUAUACUCCAAAAAAGUUAUGGGGAGAGAAAAUCAUUCAAUUUUUUUUAAUGGAUGUAUGAUUAAAAGAUGAAUUUCAUUAAGCUUUAAUCGGGACACACAGAUACAUUGAGAUAAAAUUCAAUUACAACUAUCUUAAUGUAUGAGUGUGGAUAAAGCUUGAUUGAUAUACAUAUUAAUUAUGCUAUGUUAUCAUUGAUCAUCAAUGAUAACAUGAACGACGACUUAUGGACGUGAGAAGACAAAAAAGAAAAUUAUUCUCUUGACCUUUUUCUUUUUCUCUCACUUUUACAUUUUUAAUAUGUGUACAGAAUAGACGAACACGCCCGCACACUCACAUGUAAGGUAUGUUGUCAUUUGUUAUGUUGUUUUUCUUUUAGAGUCUGUUGAGUUACUUGUGAAAAUAUUUUGUUGUUGAUAGGCUCGAACAAUGUUAUUAUGGCAAAAAUUAGAUUUGCAGAAAAGAUCAUGAAAUGACCCAGUCUCAAAGAUUCGAUAUUUUUCAAAGAUUUUACUCGUCAUACACUUAAGAAAAAAAUCUAUGUAUACUUCUUCGACAAACAUUGUUUGAUUGUUCGAUACAAUAGCAAAGUCUGAAUACGAAUUCGCUUCUCAACAAUCAAACAAUAGUUUUCAAAAAGAAUACGUAAUUUUUUUUCUUAUUUAGCAGUCGAAUAAAAUCAUAAAAAAAAUUAUCGAGCUUAACGAGAUUGAAUGCCUGCGGCCUUUUCAGUUUUCAUAGACAAUUAUGGAAUUCUUCUCGCACUAAACUAUUGGGCACUGUUAUUGAAUUUUAAUUGCAACAGGGAUGAACUAGUUUAAUUUCCUUGCGUUACAUUAACUCAUUUAUACACAGCGUUACUUUCAUUUUCGAAUGAACUACUUUUUUAAUUCGAAUAUUGUUUUUCAUAUAACUUUUAUUUUUUUCUAAUAGAUUUUAGAAAAUUUUAUGCUAAAACAAUGGAAGCGAUUUAUAUAUUACAUGAAAAAGAUAUGGAUGCUCGUUUUUAUGUUUAUCUUAGGGUAAUUUCAUUUUAUUGAAUAGAUAAUGUAAAAAAUAAAAAAUUAUUUCGAAUGGAUUCAUAAACAUAAAGCUCAAUUACGUAGACAACAUUAGCUGCAUUUAAUGAUACGACCUAUUAAAUGUUUACUUAAAUAUACAUCAACAGCAUAUAUUGAUUAUCAAUUAUUAAUUGAUUUAUUGGAUUAAUAGUAUUGAUAAUUGUCUAGUAAGAAAGUGAUUCCGACAGUAUUAAGUACAUUUUGUUGUUAUUGUUAAAUUUUUGGUCAGAGUUCCUUGUUAUACAUCAUGAUUAUAUAGAAAAAUUUCAAGUUAUUGAACUUUCACAAGAAUUAGCAACAGCACGAACACAUUUAAUCGUUUCUUUUCUUCAAUUGUCUUGAAUAUAUGUUAAGAACACCUAGUAUGAAAACAUUUUACUUAUUCAAUUAAGGAAUAUUCAAAGUUUAUUUGAUAUUAAACUAUUAUCAUUAACAAUUGAUGAAACUGAAAAAUUCGGAAUACUUUGUUCGAUUGAAGGUCAAAUACGUCAACAUAUAUUUCGUGUUAUUAAUGAAAAUACAAAUACUAGUAGUCAUAGUUCAAAAUCUUAUUUUACUGAUUCAAUGUCUUCACUAUUAUCGAUUUCAACAUUAUCGAAUAAUACUCAUCAUCAUGGAAGUAAUAAAACUUAUUCUUCACUUAUUCAAACAUCACUUGAGAAUUUAGACAUUGGUUCAGAUUUACGUUCAAUUAAUUGUCUAAAUUUAUUAGACUUCGCAUUUGAACGUGGUCUUCAUAAAGCGAAGAAACAAUUAAGUCUAACUAUUCCAUUCAGUCCAUGA